AUAUUUUUUUAUUCAAAAGUAAAUUUAUACCUACUACAUACUCUUAUGGGUGAAAUUUUGGGCAUCCAUGCCAGUUGAAUAGUGGACGGAGAGGAUUAGGGUAUGGUUCAAAAACAGAUGAUCUGGAGUGGACGCUCGAUAAACAAAAUUUUCUGUAAGGACCAGAUUGCGGUUCUCUUCUGUAGGGUUGACUCGGCGAAGCUCUGUUUGUUCUGCGACCAGCAUGUGCACUCCGCGAACCUGCUUUCGCGGAAGCACUUGCGGUCUCAGAUCUGCGAUAACUACGGUUCUGAGCCGGUUGCGGUUCGGUGCGUGACGGAUAAUUUGGUUCUGUGUCAGGAGUGCGAUUGGGAUGCGCACGGGAGCUGUUCUGUGUCUUCCGCGCAUGAGCGGACUCCGGUUGAGGGGUUCUCCGAAUGUCCUUCGUUUCUGGAGCUGGCGUCUGCCUGGGGGCUUGAUGAUAGGACUUCCUUGGAUGGAUCUGGGUUUGAUAGAGGAAGACCCAGAUCUGGGUUUGCAGUAGUGAAAAGGAAAGGACUUCCAGUGACGAAGAAGAAGGCACAAGCUCUGGGUCUUUCCCUGGGUUUUCUCGAACAGCGAUUCGACAAAAUAGCAUCAUCGGAAAGGACUUUCGACGACGAAGAAGAAGGCACGAGCUCUGGAGAGAAGAAGGGCACCGACAGAGGAGAUGAGGAAGAGAAGGAGGGCAGCGAUGGAGGAGAUGAUGAGGUAGAUGGUGAAGAUCGGCGGAACAGAAGAAGUGCAGUGACAGAGGAGAAGAUCGGCGGACGAUCGGUGGAAGAGAAAUUGGCGGACGAUCGGCGAAGAGAAGAUCGGCGGAGUGGCGGGCGAUCGACGGAAGACCCUUCUGCAGUUCUGUUGGUACUUGGUUCCUCCUGAAUCUGGGUUUUCUGCUCUGCUCACCGGACCUUCGAACUCAGAACCCAUGACUCGAGUGUUUGAAGACAAACACUCAGCCAGUAGGACUAGGAAGAGGUCGGUCCUGAAUCUGGGUUUUGCAAUUUGUUUCCAGACUUUCUAGUUUCCACUGUCCCGAGCUGCUUAUGAUUU